GAUCCAUAUUUAUUAUCAUGAUUCCAUCAAAAUCAGAAAUAGGAGGAGCCACUGUUUUUUGACUCGGUUUCAAAUUUCAAUUCAAGUCUGGACUCCACAAAGAAGAGGAGAAAGUCAUUUUCUUUUCUCUUCCCCCAUUUCCCAUCUUCCUCAUACCCUUCUAUCCAUCUUCUCUCAUUAUUUUUGAUAUUUUCACUUUAGUCCCUACACUUUCCCUUUAUUCUAAUUUCACCACCACCGUCUUCAAAAACCAACCUCGUUCCCCCCUUUCAGUUUCGCAUUCCCCUCUUCACGCGCCACCACCACCGCAAUCGCGAGAUUCUCACACACCACCACCGAGUUUCCUCUCUCUCUGUCUUUUUCUCUUUCUCCUUUGUGAAACCGGGGAUCCGAUUCGGGAUCCGGGUCGCCCCAUUUUCGGGUCUCGAAUCAAUUCCCUUCUUCUGCGGGUGCGGGUCGUUGUCGUCGACAUGGGUGAUCUUCAGGUAAACGGCGUCAUUUUCGGGGAGGAUCGCCCUGGCUCCUCCUCCUCGUCACCGCCGUCGCCGCCUCUCCCUGCUUCCAACCCCGAUCCGUCGUCCGUCGCUGCUGAGGCUUGGUCGGCGGCUGAGAAUACCACAGGUGAGAUUCUUCGCCGGAUUCAACCUAACCUCGCCGCCGACAGGAGAAGGAGGGAGGUCGUUGAUUACGUCCAGAGACUGAUCCGUUUCGGUGCUCGCUGUCAGGUCUUUCCAUAUGGGUCAGUUCCAUUAAAAACAUAUCUUCCAGAUGGAGAUAUUGAUUUGACUGCACUCAGUCCUCAAAACAUUGAGGAUGGCUUGGUAUCUGAUGUUCAUGCUGUUCUCAGAGCUGAGGAAAACAAUGAAGCUGCUGAAUAUGAAGUGAAGGAUGUUCGUUUCAUUGAUGCAGAGGUUAAGCUUGUCAAAUGCCUUGUACAGAAUAUUGUUGUAGACAUCUCUUUCAAUCAGUUAGGAGGACUCAGUACAUUAUGUUUUCUUGAGAAGGUUGAUCGACUUGUUGCAAAAGAUCAUCUCUUCAAACGUAGUAUUAUCCUGAUAAAAGCAUGGUGCUACUAUGAGAGUCGUAUUCUCGGUGCUCACCAUGGGCUGAUUUCAACAUAUGCUUUAGAAACACUGGUUCUGUAUAUUUUCCAUCAAUAUCAUGUAUCCUUAGAUGGUCCUCUAGCAGUUCUCUACAGAUUUUUGGACUACUUCAGCAAAUUUGAUUGGGACAAUUAUUGUGUUAGUUUGAAGGGACCAGUUGGCAAAUCUUCUCUACCUGAUAUAGUAGCUGAGGUGCCAGAAAAUGGGGGAAAUACUCUGCUUACCGAAGAAUUCAUUAGAGGCUGUGUGGAAUCAUUUUCAGUACCUUCAAGAGGGGCUGAUUUAAAUAUGCGUGCAUUUCCCCAGAAACAUCUUAACAUCAUUGAUCCGUUAAAGGAAAACAACAAUCUUGGCCGCAGUGUCAAUAGAGGCAGUUUCUAUCGAAUACGCAGUGCUUUUAAGUAUGGAGCCCGUAAACUUGGCUGGAUUCUUAUGUUACCAGAAGAUAGAAUAGCAGAUGAGCUUAAUAGGUUCUUUGCAAACACUCUGGAUAGGCAUGGAAAUACUCAAGGGAAUGAAGACAAGUUAUUUCUGUGUUUAUCGACUGGUUCCAAACUGGAUAGGAUACCUGGGAGUUAUAAACUUGAAGACUCCAAGCUUGUUGGGACAUCUGGAGUCUUGGGUAUUGCAAGCACUAAUGGUUUGUCCUGCCUUUCCAAUGGUAAAGUUGAAAGUAGGAUUUGUAGUGAUACAGCUGUAACUUCUGUCAUUGAUGAUGAGAAAGAGAGGAAUGGUAUGGUAAGCUAUUCUCUUAGAUGUCAUAAUGAUGAAAAGAAUUUGGCAUCCAAUGGUGCAGCAGUUCCGAGAGAUGCUGCUCAUGCCCUUGAAACUAAUUUCUUUCAUAGUGAUAGAUGCACUACUAGCUCGUCUGGGGGCACUGAUGCUUCAAAGUCAUUGUUGGACCUUGCUGGGGAUUAUGACAGUCACGUUGGGAACCUACAAUAUGGCCACAUGUGUAAUGGUUAUGCUAUCUCUCCACUUGUGGUGCCUAGUCCUCCUAGGUCUCCGAAGUUUCAUAACAGGAAUCCGUGGGAAACAGUUCGUCAAUCUUUACAGAUUAACCAAGGCAUUCAUGCUCAGGCAAACUCGAAUUGUGUUGUGGGACAACAACUUUACCUUGUAAAUCAUCCUACUCUACCAGUGACCCCUUUUGGUUCAGAGGAAAAUAGAAAACUACGGGGAACAGGCGCUUACUUCCCUAAUUUGACCUCUCGUCCAUACAGGGAUAAUAGACCAAUGCCAGGAAGGGGAAGGGGUCAAAUGCUGGGUACUCAUGGGCAUAUGCAGAGACACACUCGCAGCAAUGGCUUUGCUCCUGCUCCACAAGAGUUGAAUUUUCCAGUCGAAGGAAGUUAUGAACAUGCUUUAGAAGGAUAUCCUGCUCAUGGUAGUGCCAAAGACAGAUCAUUGGAAACUUAUUUUUCUCAACCUUCCACAUGGGGAUCACGCCAUGCUAAUGGUUUCCCUCAUUCAUCUGAGAAAUACGAGUCUGGCUCUCUGAGCCCGCAGCUUCAUGGAUCCCCAAGGUCUGAUGUAAGCAAUCACCCAGACUCAGGCAUUUCUACUUCUAGGGGUUCUGUGUCUAACGUGGGGGUUGUGGCAGAGGAGAUGCCUGAUUCAUUGUCUGUUGUUGAUCCCGAAAGGAUUGAUGAGCAAGCUUAUCAUUUGAAGAAUGAAGAUGACUUUCCUCCACUUUCCAACUGAGUGCCAGUGAAGGAUGGUGAAUAUGUAAUAGCAUUAACAGUAAUGAUCCAUACAUGGAAACUAUUAUGACAUGCCUACCUUUCAGCAGGUGCAACCAAAGGAUGGCGAUUUUGUAAGAAUUAAGAAGAACAAUGUGUAUUUGCCUAAAAAAUGAAGAUAGCUUCCAACAACUCAGGGUUUGUCUAGAGUGAACGCAUAGAAACGAGAGUACCCAAUAAGUAGAAAAUUGUUGGGAGUAGCCAUAGAUGCUAACAAACUAGACUAAAGUAAACUAGAUCGAAUGUUGUGUUAUCUGUAUUUCCUUGUUCAAGUUGGUGUUUUGUACAAAAUGGCAUGUAUAUUCGGGUUAUGUUUUUCCUUGACGUAGGAGGCUCCUACGUCCAUUUUAUUUUUCAUUAUUUAGGGGUGUAUAUAUCAGGUGAUUUCCUGAAGUUGAGUUUUAUAGUUCUGCUGUUUGUAGUUUAAAAGUGUAAGCCCAAAAAAUUUAGAUAUAUUACUGGAUCUCAGAUUUCUAUUAUUUUAUUUAGUGAUUUACUUGGCGUUA